AUGCCUGAAAAUAUCACAGCAGAAUGGGGCAACAAGCUUGCGGAGCUAGCUAUCCAGGAAGUUACUGUUCCCCUUCCUACGGAAAAUGCAGUUAAUGCCCGACUAACGGACAUCGACGGCACUGGGACUGCCACCCUGGUGAGCAAGCUGAAACAGGCCGCCAAGACGUAUGGUGGCUUCGCCCUGAUUCUCAAGCACGAUCCAGAUUACAAGGAGUUCGAGUGGCUCCAGUUCAUUACCCGGCAGCUCGUUGUUGAUGGUGCUGCCAUAACGGGCAACCUAGUUAUAAAGAUAAACACGACCUCCUAUCAAUUGGUAAACUCAGUGGAGGAGAUCACAGACUACGCCUUCGCGCCCGGCUCAGAGCCGUCUAACUGGAAUACCUGCUGGAAGGUAGACGCUUCUAUUCUCCCUUUCCCCAAACCUUUCUUCCGCGAGGGGUACGAAUACGCCAUCUCUGAUGCCCAUAAUUUGACCGCUAUUCUGGACGCUCCGGCUGUCUUGGCCGGCAAAAUCCCGACAAAUGUAGAGAAAUCCAUGUACGAAGUUGUCCCGAACGGCUUGGUAGUGAUGAAGGACGCGCUGGGUACCGGCGAGGGAAUCUCCCGCGCCUAUUUCUCAGACUACCUGGUGAAGAAAGUGGGUGAUAAAUGGCGCAUCUACGCCCGCUUUGACUUCAGCUUGACCUGGAACGCAAGGGAUACGGACAAGAAAAACUUCACGUUCCAUUCUUUGGGAACCACUACAACCGCGUCACUUCUCGACUGCCACAUGGCCGCCCUCAUGCACAAGACGACGCCUGGCAAACCAGGCACGGAAUCCAAAGAACCCUGGAAGGAAUUUCAUUCUGGUACUCGACACGCUAUCGUGGUCGACUCCUGUGUCUUUUUCCGUGAUACAAAUAGACUUUAUGGUUACGAGGAGGAACGGAGAAGGGAGAUGAACGGAGAAGAGAGAUGA